AGACGCAGCCUUUUCUAGGGUGGCCGAAGGUGGAAUGAGGAGUUUGUAAAUUUCGUCAUUAUAAACUUUAAAUUUAUAUAUAAGAAUGACCAUGAUUUCAAAGGCUGCAAUGGGCAUUGCCGUUGGCAUAGCCGGAAUAUUCGUUGGUUAUUGCUUUUAUUUUGACCAAAAGCGUCGCAGUGAUCCAGAGUUCAAAAAGAAAUUGCGUGAACGGAGAAAGUCUAAGAAGCAGGCUCAGAAAGAUAGUUCAAGAAUUCCUCACUUAAAUGAUCAUGAAGGUGUACAAAGAUUUUUCUUACAAGAGGUCCAACUUGGAGAAGAAAAGCUUGCAUACGGCGAUAUAGAAGGUGGAGUUGUACAUUUAGCAAAUGCAGUUGCAAUUUGUGGGCAACCAGUACAAUUAUUGCAAGUUCUUCAAAAGACACUACCACCACAUGUAUUUCAUCUUUUAUUGCAACGAUUACCCGCUGUUGGUCAGAAAGUAGCAUCUCAAAUUGCAAUGGCUGAGGAAGAUGUUGAAUAAAAUAAUAUAAAAAUUGCGUUGAGUAUUUCAAAAUAAAAUCUAACCAUUAG